UUUGGAUGUUAUUCAUGCGCCUCCGGUUGGUGUGUGAGAGUGUGUAUGAAUGUGUGUAUGUCCGCAUGGUGAUGUGAUGUUAGGACUUUGUGAAGAUCUGACUGUCAUACAGCGGUAAAAAGCUCUGGGUGUGUGAGAGCAGUGCGCAAUAGCAACUAUAGCCAGUCUUAUAGUAAGUCACCGACCAUGACGCGCCGGAGCGCCUUUACGCAAACAGGAUGUCCACAGUUUGCGAAUAAUUAUUCCAACCAGCAAUAUUCCGGAGAGAAAAUAACUAUGUUUUAGUGCUUCCUGUAGUCAUAUUUUGGAUACACAGGCCCACGAAGUGAAAGUGGAUUGAGAGAACAGAAGCCACGUUCUUCAGAGAAGCAGCGAUGGAGGAGCAGCGGGAUCUGAACAGCACGGAUAGCAGCGAGGGAGAGAGCGUCUCUCCGUCUCCCAGCCUGCCCUCGCCGCCCAUACUGCCUUUGCAGGUCGCCCAGCAGGCCCACAGAACCACCAACUUUUUCAUCGACAACAUUCUGCGACCGGACUUUGGCUGCAAGAAGGAGCACGGCCUGGCCUCACGGGAGAGGGCGCAGACCUCCGGCCGGGAGCGCGUCCACUCGGUGGUCAACAGGCCAAGUCUUCCCGGGACGCCUUGCCAGGACUCCAACUGCAGUAGUGACAGCACUACGUCCUCCACCUCCUCCACCUCUUUGGCAAGUCCCAGAAAGAGUAACGGCAGCGGCGGAGAAAGCCGCAACCGCCGCCGUCUCCACAGGGAACAGCGGCGUGAAAGCCGAGGAGCCUCGUCGCUUGUGGUGCUGAACGGCACCGGGGCGCCCACACCGGAGACCCAGCCGCUGCUCUGGCCUGCCUGGGUCUACUGCACCCGGUACUCGGACAGGCCCUCAUCUGGCCCAAGGACACGGAAACUGAAAAAAUCGAAAAGCGGUAAAGAGGACAAGCGGCCGCGCACGGCCUUUACGGCCGAGCAGCUGCAGAGACUCAAGACCGAGUUCCAGGUAAACCGCUACAUUACGGAGCAACGGCGGCAGUCUCUGGCCCAAGAGCUCAACCUCAACGAGUCCCAGAUCAAGAUCUGGUUUCAGAACAAGCGGGCCAAGAUUAAAAAGGCCAGCGGCUUCAAGAACGGGCUGGCGCUGCAGCUGAUGGCGCAGGGACUGUAUAACCAUUCCACUACCACCAUCCAGGAAGACAAGGAGGACAGCGACUGAGGAGCCCGGCCCGCCAGCGGCGCGAGGAGACAGGACGGUGCGCUUUUCACCGCUUUCCUCCAUACACACUCCCUGUACAUUGUAAAUACAUAGUAUCUAAUUUAAUGAUAAAGAUGGGGAGGAGGAGCAGAGCGGUUCUUCUUCACAGGUUUUGUCCACAGCUCUCCUCCUCUUCAUCUCCUUCUCCUCCCCAUGUGACUGAACAGCAGAACAAACAAACUCAAGACUUUCGGACUGAUCUACCACCGCAAAACCAAAGAUUUUAUUGGAAAACAGAGCCUGGACAGUUUCACAAACAAUAAAGGGAAAAAACCCAAAACCCUCCUUUCAGCUUAUUUCUAGUUUAAACCCACACCGGCUGAUGUUUCUGGGCAGUUUCAUUUCACUCCCCUGCAACUCAUGUUGCUUUGGUUCUGGACGGCGUUGCUGCUGCUGCGCAUGCCACCCCCCUCAACAGUCAUAAACACCAUCAGACACCGCGAGAACAACCUUCAACAGACUUUUGUUUUACAGUUUUUCGGGACCAACUGAGUUCUAAGAACUGUAAUAAUCCUAUGGUCGAUUUCACAGAGGUGCCACACACAUUUUAAGUGCCAAAAAGUAACGUUACUGUAAUGAUACAACAGAUAAAUAUAGAAUAAUUAUGUCACUUUAAAACCACUUCUGAGCAGGAAAAACACAGAGAAGUCGAAAUCUCUUCAGGAAUGUUAUAGGAAAAUUAUAGAAAUACUGUAACGUCGAGGCGUUAGCUACCAUCAACACACAAGGUCAUGCUCACGUUUUUUUGGGGAGAGCUUUUGUAAUUUUAACAAUCCGAGGAGUUUACAAUGCACAUCUAAAUCAGAAUUGUACAGUAUAUGUUGAUUCUAGUAUUUUUAUAUGCAAAAUAUUUCAGUUUGACAAUUUUUACACCUACUAAUAAAGAAAGAAGUCAUUCUAUAUUGGCUCCAGCCCCCCGGAUAAUCGUAUAUAUAACGUAUGGAUGGUGGAUCCUUUAUUGUCCCUCCAGAAUCUCACUCCUGGCAAAAAAUUAACAUGAUAAAUAAAAUGUGUUGGGGUGGGAAUGGUUUGAGGACUUAACAAACUUUAGGUCCCCACAAUUAGUGUAAAAGAAAUAUUUUAGUGAUAAUACAACAAAUUAAUUUACUGUACAGUUUGAGGUCACACACUGAGACUCCUUCCAGGGCCUAUUAUAAUACUGUAAGACGAACUGUAUAAAUGCACAAAGGUAGUUGAAAAGAGGACAACAGUGACUAAAUUCUUCACACUAAUAAGAAAGAUUUUUAUAAUGUCCUGUUUGUGUCACAUUAAAUAGACUCGUUAUUUUAUAGUGCUUCUUUAUCUAACCCUUAUGACAUCUUUAUAAUUUUCCUGUAAUGCUUCCUGUUUCCUGUUGGACCCAGAGUGUGUUGUACCGUUACUUUAAGGGAAUCUUCUAAAACAUUCUUACAUUUUCAGUGACUAUAGAAUUACUGCAGUUCGUACAGAGGCAUUAUAAAUAUAUAUACAGUAUACAGAAGACUUCAACUGUAUAUACACCGAAUUACAGCAUUUGGGCCAUCUGAAUGUAAUUUCCUUUAGUGUUGCCUGCAGUAGAGGCCUGCAGGCCUGCAGACACACAUCAAACCACAUCAGGCUAUCUGAGAUGUAUGUUAGCUACUCCCCGGGAAAAGAGCGGAUGGACAUUAUGUACAUGUACACCAUGUUUCAAAAUAAACAUUUUUAUAUUGGAAAAAGAAAAAAAAAACUCAGGAAACACACUGACCCAUUUUUUCCUAGUGGAUAAGACCGAAUAUUCAAUAAAUAAAUGGAGA